AGCAGCCGACAUACAAUACAAAACAAAAAAAAAAGAGAGGAGAGCCGCCGGAGAGAAGGGAAAGGGAAAAAAAAAAAGAAAAACUUGUGGGGAAAGUGGGUCGCCGACACUAGUAGCAAAAAGAGAAAUAGUCGAAUAAAAAGAAAGAAAGAAAACAAGGGUUUUUGGGUGAUUGGAAAUAGAGAAGAAAGCAGCCAAGGGAAGCCACCGGCGAUUAGUGGAGAAAAGGAGAAGAAAAGAGAGAGUAGAACCAGAGGAGAACAAAGAAAAGUCAAGGUGCUCCGAAAGACCGAAGAAGAAAAGGGUUUCGUUCUCUUUAGUUCUAUUUCUCUACAAGGAAUGAUCAGGCCCAUAGGAACAAGCGUGGUGGAGUUGGGUGAUCCAGUAGAAAUUAGAGACAGGUUAGAGAAGCUACAAGGAGAGUUGGGAGACAGUUUGAAAGAAGAUCAGCCGUUGAGACUAGUGAAGAAAGUUUCAUUCCAGACUCCAGCACCGGAAGCUUUAUCUGAGUUUUGGCAGAAGCAGGAUGUGAACACAAAGAAAGCUUUUAGGAGCGUCUUUGGGCGGGUUGAUCAUCUGUUGACAGUCCAGACGCCAGUAACUCUCCUAAAAGCGGCUAUACAUCAUUGGGAUCUAGCAUAUCGUUGCUUCACUUUUGGGUCAGUAGAUUUAUCACCAUUGAUGGAAGAGUAUGCCAAGUUGCUGGGAUACACCUCGCACGCUAGUAAAAUAUAUAACCCUAGAACGAAGACUUUUGCAGAAGUAGUUAUCUCUAAGCUUUUGGGUUUACCAGUGAAGAAGAUUAAAGAAAUGGGGAGUACAAAGGGGGCAAGGUGGACUUUCCCAGAAGAAAUACUGAUGAACUUUGCUAAAGAAAAUUUUCACAAUGAAGAAGGGCGAUUUGCUUUUGCAAUUGUCAUAUAUGGUACUGUGAUUUUUCCAUGCGCUGGGGGAAACAUUGAUAGAGGUGUGAUCAAUAUGGUUAAUCAUGUUAAACAUCAAGCAACUCCGGUGCCUGCCAUAUUAUGCGAGACUUUUCGGUCCCUUAAUCACUGUCGUGUUUCUACGGAAGGGAGGUUCAUUGGGUGCGCUCAGUUGCUUGGGAUCUGGCUUAUUAGUCACCUAAGGUAUGACCAGACGGUUGAGGCUCCUUUUGUGCAGUUCUAAAAGGAUGAUUGUCAGUUGAGGGAUCCUAUUGGUGAUUUUGAAAAGGCAAGACUGCAACCAUUUAAGCCUUCAGUGGAGAGAUGGAGUUGUUUUCUAUCUAGUUUGGAUGAAAAGAAGAUAUAGAUGAGAGCUCUGUGGCAUAAAACAGACGGAUUGAUUUACAGGUGCGGUGAUUUCAAUUGGGUUCCACUUAUAGGUCCUUGGGGAAUUAGUAGUCAAGCACCGGCCAUGUUUCUCCAACAAAUAGGUGGGAAUCCAUGUAGACCAGUCACUUGUCAUUUGAAGGAAUUUGAAUUCUCCCUUGAAAAUGAAAAAGAAAAGGCGUUAGUACGGAAGAUAGUGGAUGCAUGGAGUAUUCUUCAAGGAGUAAGAAAAGGUCCGCGAAAUAUUUAUGGGACUGCUCAGUACAAGGCAUGGCAUGCAAAAAGAGGAAAAUCUUACACAGAUUAUUGUAUGUCCGAUGAAGGGAGAAGGAAAGGAAAAGGACAAUGUUCCCAAGAAAAUGAAGUUGUGUUGCAAGAGGUCAUUGAGGUAGAAAGUGAAGACGAAGAUGAAAGGGUUUCGUAUCCAAAUUUUGUCCCAGACAAAAGUGUAGGGGUAACAGUGGAAGAAGAAAUUCAAGAAAUGGAAGGAGAUUUACAGAUGGAAGAUACAUCAAGUGAUGAUGAAAUGGUUAGAGGACCACCUGGAUUUCCUGACAAAGAGGCGAAGAUAAUGUGGAAAAUACUGCAAACUAUGACUGAGAAAUAUAAAAAGUAUAAAGGAAAGUUUAGAAGGAUGAAAGCUGAGUUUGUCAAGAGCAAGAAAGUGAAGCUGCAGGAAGAUUUGCAAAUGGAAAAGGAAAGGGGCAAUUUUCAGGAAGAGCAUACCAAGAUGAAGGAGCAAGUGAGAAGUAUGAAAGGAGAACUUCAAGAGGCACGAAAGGAAAUUACUCAAAUGAAGGGAACAAUUGUGACAUUGGAGGAGUUAAGCUACAAUGCUAAUAAGGAAAUGAUUGGCAAAGUUGCUUAGCUAAAGAGGAAUAAGGUGGAGAUCAGCUCUCUGAAAGAACAAAUGGAGUAUGCCUUCUCAGAAAGUCAAAAAUUUCAGAAGCUAUAUGAGGAAGACAAAGAUUUCAUUCAGCAAAAGGAGGCAGAAGUAGAAGAAUUGAAUCAAUAGAAUGAUUUCUUACAUGAUGAAUUGAAUGAAUUUCAACAGAAGCAACAAAGCACAGAGGAUAAGAUCAAGUUAAUUAUGAGUCGUGCAUUGCAGUUAUCAGAAUGGGCUUACAGCUAUGAAAGACGGGUACAAGAUUUGAAAGUAAAUCGGGCAUUUAAGGCGCCAGAGUUGGCUGGGGUUUCCUUGUUUUUGACAGAUCUACACAAAGACUUGUAUGUACUUAGGGAGAAGAUAUUUCAAACGUAGUCAGCUAAUUCUGAUGUUAUUGGGAUUGAUGAUGAGUAAAAGAUGUAAACGAUUUGAGCUACAAUAUUUUGAAUGGAAUGAUAUUUUGCUAUUAUUAUCUUUUUGGAUUGCAAAGAUUUCUUAGGAUUUGCACAAAUAAUAACUACAUGCAUGCACGUUCU